AUGGCCGCAGCAGUAAAAUCCAUCAAGAGCACCACUCAGCGGUGCUGCUGUCGCUGCCGCCGCAGCUUCCGGGCUUGUGGCGGCCCUCGCGCGCCGUCUGACCCAUCACUGUCUCCUAGGUGUCCUGGCCUCGUGCCGCCAGCAAACGUGGUGGAAGCUGAGAGGGACACUUGGCCAGAAGCCAGCAACCUGAAGGGGGGGUCGAUGGUGGUGCUGGUAGUGGUGGUGGUCAAGUCUGCCAAGGUCCUGUGCGUGGGCGCUGGCGGUAUUGGUUGCGAGCUAUUGAAGACCUUGGUUUGCACAGGAUUCAGGAAUAUUGAAGUGAUUGAUCUUGACACCAUAGAGACCUCCAACCUGAACCGCCAGUUCCUGUUCCGCAAGCACCAUGUGGGUCAGAGCAAAGCCAACACCGCAGCGCAGGUGGUCAAGGGCCGCUUCGAUGUGGACUUCUUCCGAAGCUUCGAUCUGGUGCUCAACGGUCUUGAUAAUCUGGAGGCACGUCGCCACGUGAACCGGCUGUGCCUUGCUGCGGAGCGCCCCCUCGUGGAGUCGGGAACUGCGGGCUACCUGGGCCAGGUGACUGUCCAUCUCAAGGGCCGCACCGAGUGCUUCGAGUGCCAGCCCAAGCCCACCCCCAAGAGCUACCCCAUCUGCACUCUGAGGAACACACCCGACCGACCCAUACACACCAUCGUGUGGGCCAAGGACCUGCUCUUCAACCGCCUGUUCGGUCGACCUGAGGCUGUUUCCGAUUUGGACGACCAGGCUCAAAGGGAAGCCGGACAGCACCCGACGGAGGCGGCGACGGCGAGGGAGGCGGCGCCGGAUGGGGCGGCGGCGGCGGCAGCAGCCGCUCAGCCGGCGGAGGACCCGUCGUUCUUCCUCCGCCGCGAAGGAGAAGGCUCCCUGGAGUAUGCGGAGCGCGUGUUCCGGCGGGUGUACGACACCGACAUCGAGCAGCUGUGCGGCGUCAAGGAGCUUUGGGAGAAGCGACCCCCACCCAGACCGCUCCGGCUUAGCCAGCUGCUCCCCGAGGCGGACAGAGCGGCCGUACGCGGCGCGCUGGAUGCCGCCGUCGGGAGGGCGCAAUCGGAGGGGCCGGGGCGCCAGGCCAUCAGCGCAUCGCGGGCGCUGGGUCUGAACAACGCCAGCCAGAAGUGGACUUCGGCCCAGAACGCCGCCGUACUGCUGCUGGCCAUCGGGAUGUACCACGAGCUGCGGAAAGAUGAGGUGGGCUCUGCCUCCUUCGACAAGGAUGACGACCUCGCAGUGGACUUCGUGACGGCGGCCUCCAACUUGAGGAGCAGCUGCUACGGCAUACCCGAACAGUCGUUGUUCGACGCCAAGGGCAUGGCUGGCAACAUCAUUCACGCCAUCGCCACAACGAACGCCAUCAUUUCCGGACUCAUAGUCACGGAGGCACUAAAAGUCCUGGCGGGCUGCCUGGAUGCCGUACGGAACACUUACUUGUACGAGUUCCCGACGGGGAAGCGGCUGCUGGUGGUUCAGCAACCCGACCCGCCGUGCAAGAGAUGCAUGACCGCCACGCUGUCCUCGCUGCUGUCCGGAGUCAUUAAGAAGCGACUGGCGGUCAACACACCCAACCUCUUGUCUGGGGGUUUCCUGUACGAGGAAGGUGAGGGUCUCGAACAGGACGAGGUGGAGGCCUACACAGCGCUGCUGCCCAGGACGCUGGCGGAGCUGCCCGGAGGCGGCUUGCGACACGGGUCCAUCCUGACUGUACAGGACCAAUCGCAACACUUCGGCGUGGACGUCAUUGUCGUACAUACGGCGGACCUCCGGGAGGAAGACGCGCCCGAAGGCUACCUGCUGGAGGGCGACGUGCCGACAGCCCAGCAGCCACAACAGCAGCAAGCGGAGGCGGCUGUAACUGCGGCUAGUGCUGCGACCGGGGCGGCAGAGGCGGACGCCAAGGAGGCGCCGUCCGCGAAACGGCGGCAUGUGGACGUGAAGGAGGAGGACGGCGUCCUCGUGCUUGAUGACGAGGAGGAGGAGCAGCUGGGCGGGAGCGCCGCUGCCGGGGGGGUACCUGAGUCAGCUGCACCGUCGCUGAGAAAAACUGCUGUCUGCGUGGUUUCGUCGCAUUCAUUCUCGCGCUCAAUCGGUUAUCGGUUCUGCUCCACACACACGCCGAAACUAUACACUAGCAGUAAGGGCCACGGGCGGAAGCGGCCGUUGGAGAGCGGCAAUGGAGAGGAGGAGAAGGAGGCGGUUGAGCCCGAGACCAAGCGCGCCAAGGUGGAGGCAGCAAUAGCUUCGACGGCGCCGGCGCCGGCUGACGACGACGACGACGUCAUCCUGAUUGACGACGACGACUGAUGCGAGAGCGGCCGGCCUUGGUUAGGGACGUUUCUAUAAGUUCAGCCAACGAAGGAAGCCCACAUUUGCGAGGUGUUCGGGUUUCCUAAUCUGGCGAUGGCUAACCAACCUCGCCGACAUUCUAGUUGCCAGCUGAAACCGCUGCGGGGAACACAAGCCUGCAGCGGUGGACGGGGUAUGGGGAUGCAGCGGUGGACGGGGUGAUGUGUUCGUGAAGUGCGGUUGGUAGGAAAGGAGGAAUAGGUGGGUAAGAGUGUGGGGUCGGGGGCGAGCGCGCGGUGGGGAUGAUAUGGGAGCUUGCGAAUGCCAGUCCUGUGCUGAGGACGCGGGGUUCUGUUCGUCGGGAACAUGGCCAACAGGCAGGCGGUCAUGUAUCCAAGGGAAGAUACAUGACGGCCUAGCUGUUGGGCAUCGGGUCCUUAAUGCUGGAUGUAGCCGGCUGGGCAAUGGGCGCGACAAUACGGUAGGAUGUGCGAUAGGAUGCCGAGGGCAGGGCUUGGACAAGGCCAGCUGGAUGGUCGUUAACGGACUGAUGUUCCGAUUUUUGCUGAAGGAAAAGUUCAUUGAGGUAAUGAUGAGACUAGCGGGGGAGGUGUCAUUGUUUGCAUGAAGUUCCUACGACCGUAGUCGUUGUGCGCGCUGGACCUGAUACGGCUUUCCUGUGGGCUCUUGAACGUUUGUAGAAGUUGUACUGGGUAAAUAACAGUGAGCUAUGGACAGCCUGUCCCUGGCCUUGAGCCUUUUCUCUGGAAAUGCUGUUGUCG